UAGCUCAUUGAAUGAAGUAUUAUCCUAUAAAGUUUAUACAGUGUGUCUAGUGAUGGAUGAAGAUAUAACUCAUCGUACCGAGAACCACAGUCAGCAGGCUGAACUGAAUCGAAACCCAGAAGACACAUAUGCAAAUCCGGAUUAUAACUCAGAUUCAGAACUAAAUGCUCAUGACACACUGCGAAUGGAGGAAUCAGAAGAUGAGGACGAACAUAGUGGCGUUAAAAAAGAUGUGGGAGAUUUACAAACUUUGCCAACAGAACCUGCAUGUAUUAAUUCAGAAGCAGAGUCAAAUGUUCCAGACAAAAGUACUAAAAAGUCUGGAGUCAUCGACAGCGAAUCGGAAGAAGAAGAAGAAUUAUCUACUAGACGGAUUAAGAAAUUGAAAACCACGAAGGUUAUCGAUAGUGAUUCUAGUGAUGAAGGUACAACUGAAAGAAAUUUGUCUGGGCAUGAUUCAAAAGAAAAUUCGGUUGCAAAACAAAAUCAGGAAAUUGAUGAAAUUGGUGCAAAAAUUGAUCAGUCGAUGAACAGACUGAAAUCGUUGAUUGAUUCCGACUCGUCCAGCCCGGACGACGUAAGGCCGCACGUCGUUUCGCCCGAUGAAGGGAAAACACGAAAAAAGAAGUUAAAAUCGAAGAAAGAUCGUGAUGCCAGUCGGAAAAAGAAGGACCCAAAAGAUUUACUUGCAAGUCUUAACCUUAACUUCAGCGACGAUGAAGACGCUUCCAAAUCUGGAUCCGGUACCAAUGCCAGCAACCAGAGUGAUUCCUACAGCAGCGAGGAUGGAGAAGCCGUUCCACGACAAAGAAAGGCCAAAUUUGAUGAAGCUGAAUCUCAAAAUAAAUCACAACGAAUGUCUGCUAAGGCAGCAAUGGAGCAAAUGAAAGUAAUUCAAAGUGAGUCCCAGCGCAUGGCCCGCGAAGCAGUGUUAUCCAUUCCUUACCAUCGUCCCAAGCAGCACACUUUGCAAGAAUUUUUGAGCAGACGCACUCUUCAGAGAGCUGGCAAUAAUCCUGCCACGAUCCACAAAACAACGGCUGCCGCUAUCAAAAUGCCUCCCGAAGAGCUCGCAAUUUAUGCAAAACAGCUUGAGGAACGAGAAAAGGAAGCUAUUGAGUUUUUCAAAAAUGAAACUGCUGAACAGUCGGAUGAAAAUGACCAGCAGUCGACUUCCGCACCGGUUUCAGCGUCAGCUUCAGUUCCAUCUCCAACAAAUGAGACCAUUACUGAGAUUGAAAACGUAAACAAUGAUCAAGAAAAACAUUCAACUGAGCCAGCAUGCCAGAAUUCUGGGGAUACCGUUUUAAAUCCUGGUACCAAUAUUGAUACAGAGAUGAUUGACACUCUGCGAGUGAGCGACUCCGAAGACGACGCACUGGAUGCGCUGGUCAACAAAACAUGCGCGAAUGCAGAGCAAAUGCUGGCAUCCAGACAGGCAAAACAAACACCGGAGGUGAACAAAUCGAAACAGCCGAUUGAUUACGAAGUUUUCCCCGACCAAAAUGCUUCCAGUUUGGCGCAGCGAAAAGCCAAACUGCUUGCAACCGACACUAGCAUUCCACUGUUUCCCACACUGCACGGUAAUAUGGGUAUGGAGAUCGAUCUAGAUUCUGGCGAUAUUCAUCCGAAAACUCCCACCGGCGUCAAUAUCCUGUUCGAGCGCUUUGCCAGGUGUUCCGGAGGCAAAAAAGAAGCUAAAACGACAUCUACUGUUAAUAUACUAAACACCGAUAACGGGAUAGUAAAGAUGGAUACUAUUUCGAUGCCGCUUAAUCUAGACGAUCGGGACCCUUACGGAAAGGAACCCGUUCCAGGGGCAGCUUUUCUGAAACUGAAGCAAACUUUACGCGAGAAGAUAGAACAAACACGAAGAGAAACGUGGCUCAAACGUGAGCAGGAAAUGCAGCAGUGUAAGAAGUUGGAUGAGGACAAUGAAGAAGCAGAAGACGAAGAGGAGAUUCUGGAAGAUGUAGACGAUGAUGAGUUGGACGAAGAGGAUGAGGAGGCGGAAACCGAUACCGCUGAAAAGGAGGUUCCCUGUGAGCAAGGAAAGAAUCCUCUCAUUGACGAAGAAGCCGGUGAAGUGGAUGGUGCUGAUGAUGACGCCGACGCUGGUAGCGGAGGGGAAGCGGUAAAAGAAUAUGACGAAUCUAGCGACAGCAGCGAAGAGGAAACUGAAGCUGAUUUAGCUGUUGGGCGUGAAAAAAAGAAGUCUAGAAUUUUAGCUGCCUUCCAAGACUCGGACGAUGAGACGGAAGUAAAUGGUGCGGAUCGACCAGGCGAGUCUGGAGAAUUGAAAAAAACUGACACUGAGGAAUUGUUCUCCACUUUGGAAGAUUCAGAUAAAUUUACUGCCUCUGACCGAAAAAACCAGGAAUCGGGUUGCGCUAUGGCGUUGUUGUGGAAGGAUACUGACGAACCGGUGGUAUCGGCUACACAAACCGACGACGAUUUGGCGGCACUCUGUUCCGGUCGAUUUAAUGAAACGCAAGCCGCAACGGGUAUAACUCAGAGUACAAAAUCCUUUUCUAGCUCGCUGCCAUUAUGUGAUGGACCGCAGUCCGAGGAGGGCAAUCUUUCUUUUGCCAGCGAGAGCAAUAAACCAGCUCGAGAUGUGCUUUUUACGCAACGAAAUGAACAAACAGUGGAUGAGAGUGAACUGCUGGCUCUUUGUUCCGGAACUUUUGCCACGCAAAAUCAGCCCGUUAGCACUGAAGAGCCUUUGCAGCCGGCGGAGCAGCAAAGUGAACCUACGUCGAAUGGCAUUUCCAGAAGAAAACUGGUUAUUGCUUCAUCAGAUGAAGAACAAAAGGAUGAUGACUCUUCAAAAAGAAAGAAACGCAGACGAAAGCAUCGAAAUAAUAUCUCCGACGAUGAGUCGGGUACUUCGGGAGACGAUGUAUUACAGGAAGAUAACGAAGAAGUUGACGAUGAAGAAAAUGAGGAAGCUGGCGAAGAAGACAACGGAGAUGUUAACGAGGAAGAACAGGCUGAACGUUUUGUGGACUAUGAUUCGGAGGAGAAUGAAGUGGAGGUUGUUAUGACAAAAAAAGAUAAGCAAAAAGUGGCAAAUGCUUUCCUAGAAAACGAAGCAGAACUGUCGGAGUCGGAGUGGGGCAGUGCCGAUGAGGACGAGAAAGAUCUCGAUCGGUACGAUAUAGAACUGGCGGACGAGGAGAAAUUUGACCAGGGCCAACUGCACGAAGAAUUGGAACGCAUUCACGCCCGACGAAUGCUGGAACAGGACAAGAAAGAGGUUAAGACCCUACAGGAUAUGUUCUUUGAAGAUGAGGAAAAUGAUGGGGUUGGCCGCGAGAGGCAGUUCCGGUGGCGUAAUAUAGAGACUGGCUUUAGUCUGGACUACGAUAAGCAGCAGCCGGAGGAGGAGAAUGCGGAUGACGAUGCAGCCGCCAAUAUUGAGGAGGAAAUUCAGUGGCGAAAACUGCGCUAUGAGCGUGAAUUGCUACUGAAGGAAAAACAACCGAAUUCGGAAGAGGUUGAUCUCACAACGACUUUGCUGGACAAAUCGAUUGACGAGGAAGAGAACAACUCGACUCCAGUUAGCACAACCCUACUGCUAUCGAAAUCAAGAGUAACAAUUGUACGAGCGAAAAAAAGCAGCGAACCGAACACCCCAAAGGAUUCGCCUUUCCUAAUCAGCAAAACGGAUCCCGUACAAGGUAACAAAGCAUCCUUUCUGCGUCGCGACAGUGCUACAUUGAGUAAGCUGGCCAGCAUAGUGAAGGUCCCGGAGAUCGAGGGAGCUAACACGGUCAGUGCUGGAAAGGGACGAAAUUUUGUGUUUGCGUCCGUUAGUCCAGCUGUAGAUAAAACGGGAGCGAAACGUUCUCUAGAAAUAGAAAAUGAUGAUGUACCUCUGGGUAACAAGAAAAUCAAAACUGGCUGUGCUGGUGGUGUGCAGGAAAGCAGUACUACGAAGAAACGAUUAUUACUCGGUCAUCUAAUGUAGGCUCUCAGGUGAACAGUAAGUCAAUGUACAGAUUAAUUGAUAUUUCAUUUAACU